AUGACCGUGAAGCUCUUCAAGAACGCCCUCUUCUUCAGAGCCCAGGCCGAGGAGCUUGAUGCUACCUCGCUGCACAAGCAGGACUUAACAGACACAUCAGCACUGCCAAAUCGUUUCGCUGAAUGCCUCGUAGUACAGGACAGCAAGAUCGCAUACGUCGGUGAUGUCGAAAGCGUUCCCGCCGAGCUUGUGCAGCAAGCCGAACAAGUUGAUCUUGGCGGCGGAAAGCUCGUCGUGCCAGGCUUCAUCGAUGGUCACACGCAUCUGCUAAACUUCGGCCAGUCGCUCAACAAAGUUGACAUCGGCAAGUGCAAGACUCUCGCCCAGAUCCAACAGAAGAUCAAGAAAGCAGCAGAAUCCAAGCCAGAUGCACCACGCAUCCUCGCAUCCGUAUGGAUGCAGAACAGCACUGAUGGCAAGGCACUGGCAUCUUGGAUCGAUCAAGUUGUUCCUGAUCGUCCUGUCUACAUCGAGUCGUUCGACCUCCAUUCGCACUGGUGCAACACAGCAGCACUCGACGAGCUCGGGAUCGCGGAUGACACUCCUAAUCCAGAAGGAGGCGAGAUCGUCCGUGACCCAAAGACAGGCAAAGCUUCCGGUCUCUUGCUUGAAAUGGCCAAUAUCAUCUUGGUCUGGCCUAAGCUCGCCAACCUUGCGACAAAGGAGGAGCAGGAAACAGCCUUCCUCCGUGGAUGUGAUGCUUAUCACAAGAGUGGCUUCACCGGAGGUAUCGACAUGGCUCUUGACCCGCUUGCAUUAGACUGCAUUCUCCGUGUCAAGGCCAAGAUGAACGGUCGUCUGCCGAUCCGUGUUGCAGCACACUGGUUUGUUCGCCCCGAAAGCAACUUGCAAGCCUGCAUCGAUCAAGUCAAGCACGCGCAUGAGCUCAGCAAGAAGCACAACGACGAGUGGUUCCGUGUCGUCGGCAUCAAGCUAGUCUGCGAUGGCGUUAUCGACAGCUGUACUGCCGCACUCAAAGAGCCGUACUACAACAAGACCAAUGCAGAGACCAUGUGGCCACUCAAAUUGCUUUCUUCUGUGGUACAGUACGCCGACUCGGUCGACCUUCAAUGUGCUAUUCAUGCUAUCGGCGAUCUUGCAGUGCACACUGCCGUUGAAGCUAUUGCGGCCCUAGAAGAGAAGCUGGCGGAGAAAGGUCUGUCGAUUCGGGAUCGUCGACAUCGUAUCGAACAUCUUGAGUUGACCGACCCCAAGGACGUCGAGAAGCUCGGUCGGCUGGGUAUCACUGCGAGUAUCCAGGGUGUUCACUGCGACCCCAGCAUCAUGGAAGGAUGGUGUAAGAUGCUAGGUGACAACUUUAACGAGGGGCGAUGUGCGAGAGCGUUUGCUUUCCGCGAAUUUGUCGAAGCUGGUGCACCCAUAGCACUUGGUUCGGAUGCGCCAACUGCUCAUCACUGGAUCCUGCCAAAUCUGUAUACUGCUGUGACGAGACGGUCUGGGAGAGAGCCCGGAAUGGAGGGCAAGACAACACCACAGUUCGCGCUACCGCUUGCUACGGCGAUGGCAGCGGCGAGCUACGGUGCUGCGCACAGUUGCAAGGCUGAGGGUUGGUCAGGGACGUUGGAGAAAGGCAAGAGCGCUGAUUUCGUUAUCGUGGACACGGAUCUGUUCAAAGAUUACAAGGAGGGAGAUGAGGAGCAGAUCAUCUUGAAAACAAAGAUCUUGCAGACCUGGCUUGUUGGAGAGAAGGUUUAUCAAAGGACGUGA